AAGUGGAGUUCACCCAAAUGUGAUAAAAGCAAUACGAAAAGCCGACCAAAUAAAACGCGUUAUUUUCAUUGCUUGUGACGCGGAAGCGGCAAAAGCGAAUUUUAUAAAUCUCUGUCGUCCUAGCUCUAAUUCAUUCGUAGGUAAACCGUUCACACCGAAAAAAGCUCUUCCGUUUGAUUUGUUUCCACAUACUUUGCACUGCGAGUUGCUGUUAUCUUUUGAACGAUAA